AUGCCAAACAAACAUUAUGGUCGAUGCUUAGUAUGUGAUGAUGUUGCCAUUGGUAUUAAUUUUGGAGUAUCAACAUGUAUGCCAUGUAAAGCUUUUUUUCGACGAAAUGCUCUUAAACUUGGUACCCAAGAAUUUAUUUGUGAAAGUGAUGGUGAUUGUGUGAUAACAUAUAAAUAUCGUCGUUCAUGUAAUUGUUGUCGUUUGGCAAAAUGUUUUCGUGUUGGAAUGAAAAAAUCAUUCAUACUUACUGAUGAACAACGUGAAGCUCGAAAUAAACUUGUAGCAGUCAAUCGUCUUAAACGAGGCCGACUACCUAAACCAGAGAAUCUUGCGUGGAUGCAAUCGCCAUCGUUACUCCGCAUGUCAUCAAGUUCAUUGCAAUAUCUUUCUUCAUCUGAUCAAGUUGUUCUUACUAAUAUCUUCCAUGCAUAUGAAAACACUUGUGGAGUAGCAAAAAAUACUAUCUUCCAAAAUUUUCCUGCUAUUGAACAUACUUAUAUGCAUGAAUUUAUCAAUGAAAUGUCUUCUGAAAUCGAAAUCACUAUUGAAUAUUUAAAACUUAUACCCGAAUUUAAUAAAUUUAUCAUAGAUGAUAGAAUACGUCUUAUAAAAAACCAUAUGGGUACAAUACUUCAUAUAAAUGAACCUCUAAUGCUUCCGACGCCGUCUAUUAAUCUUAUUGGAGCAUGGACCAAUCUCUUUGGUGUCGAUAUAACCAAAUGUAUUUUCAAACGUAAUAAAAUUAUUGAACAGUAUUUGUUUGAUCCUAUUCUAUUAAAAAUUGUUCUAAUUAUUCUUAUAUUUUCAAGUAGUAAUAGUAGAAAUAUUAAUUAUAUAGAUAUAGAUUUAAUUUGUGAUGAUUCAUUAUCUAUCUUUCUUGCUCAAAAUAUAUAUGUUGAACUAUUAUGGAAAUAUCUUCUAUCACGUUCAUCAAAUGAACGUGAUGCAGUGAAGUUUUUUAAUAGAUUAAUCAUGUUUAUAUUAUAUGCACAAAAUCUUCAUUUGGAAAUGGAUGAUUAUGUUGAUAGUUUAAAAGAUGAAAUUCAACAAAUGGAACCAAUGAUGCAAAGCAUGUGGCCAAAAACAAAUGAUGAUGAAGAUAAUAAUGAUGUGACUAUAAUUCAGGAUAUUAGUCUGUAA